CCGCACUGUGCAGGAGCGGGGCUGAGCGUCUGUUUUGCUUCCCCAGACUGGGAACCACUGAAGCAGUGGGACUGGACGUCUAGCGACACAACGUCACAGGCUUUAGGACGCGAGCAGACGCGUCAGUGGCUGCAUUCACAGGUAGAGGCGGCCCCGGACGACGCGUUCCCUGCUGCAGGUAUUCCUCCGCAUGAAAGCAGUCGGAUUUGUGUAGAAAGUCAAACUACAGCAUCGCCGGUGUAGGACGGGGAGGUUCCAGAGAGUUCCAUGAUGAGAAGACCAUGCUUUAAUCAGUAAAAAUCAGAUGUGAUCUAUUCAGUCCAGGGGCCACCUUGACAGAGCCGAGGGUUGAAGCGCUCUCUACGGAAGCGGGGGAAGGCGUCCGGCCGUCUUUGGCUGCAGAGCUGUGGUGCCAGUGUGAGGGAGCCUUGUGCUGAUCUCGGGACUGCAAUGGGACAAAAGACAUAAGAGGAGUAAAAGAGGAAAGCCCCCCCAUGCCAGUGAAAAGGCUCAAAGAAUCGGAGGACACGGCGUGUUGAUUAGAGCAGAAUUCACGAGGAGGCAGAGGCAGACGGAGAGAUAUAUCGAUUAUUAGCCUGCAGCCAGACAGGAAAGGGCCAAAAAUUGAGUGACUCAAAACCCACACAAACCCCUCCAUGCCCUCCUUCAGUGCGCCAUCACCCCACUGCACCAGAUCGGCGUCCCCACUGAGGCGCUGACAAGUCGGGCCGGCUCGUGCUCGCCACUCAGGAGUGACGCGGCGGCCCGCCCGUUUGCAGAGCUCGACAGACGGCAGGCCUCCCACUCCUCGCACAUGGACUGUUGAUGAAGAAAGAUGGCAGUGAGACCGGCAGGCGCCGCCCCUUCCUCUUGGCCCCCCUCCCUCCCCCCAGCGGCCGUGGCUUGGAGCGGUUGAGGUUUUUCCGUUGGCAUCCAUUGAAUCAUCGGCAGCAGUCUGGCAGAGCGCGGGAAGGGGCAGCAUGCAGGAAACUGACGUACCGGCCACAAAUGCCUUCAAAGAGUGCAAGUUCCACUGCACCAAUGGGAAUUGUUUGCGUCUGGGCUCGCUGAUCUGCAACCAGCUGAAUAACUGCGGGGACAACAGCGAUGAGGAGAACUGCCCCGUGGUCACCCAGCACCCUCCGCCGGGCAUCUUCAACUCUGAACUGGAGUUCGUUCAGAUUGUCAUCAUCAUCGUGGUGAUGACAGUGAUGGUGGUGGUGAUCAUCUGCCUGCUCAACCACUACAAGCUCUCCUCCUGGUCCUUCAUUACGCGCCAGAGCCAGGCCCGCAGGCACGAGCAUGCCCUGCAGCAGGACGGGUGUCUGUGGCCUUCAGACAGCAGCUCUCGACAAGGUGCCUCGGAGGUGUUGUAUGCCCCCCAUGCCAGGGAUCGCUUUACUGCUCCCUCCUUCAUGCAGCGUGACCGCUUCAGUCGCUUCCAGCCCACCUACCCCUACCUGCAGCACCAGAUCGACCUGCCGCCCACAAUCUCGCUGUCGGAUGGCGAGGAGCCACCGCCCUAUCAGGGGCCCUGCACCCUGCAGCUCCGCGACCCCGAGCAGCAGAUGGAGCUCAACCGCGAGUCAGUGAGGGCGCCGCCCAACCGGACCAUCUACGACAGUGACUUGAUCGACAUGGGGGGUGGCGGCGGCCUGUCAGGGGUGGGGUUAGGAGGGGGGGGGAUGGUAGGAGGCGGCCCGAGGCCACCGAGCAGUAACUCGGGCAUCAGCGCUACCAACUCCAGCAGCCACGGGCGCAUGGAGGGGCCCCCGCCAGCCUACAGCGAGGUGAUGGGCCACUACCCCGGCUCGGCGUUCUAUCUACACCAGCACAGCAAUAACCAGAGGGUGGGGGGGCCAGGGAGCAGGACGAUCCAGCAGCAGAGCCAAUCAGAAAGCACAAUAGUACCGGCCAAGGCCAAGGAUGGCCAACCGGAGGACCUGGUGUGAAGAGAAGAGAAGGGCAGACUGAAAGCUGCCUCUCCUAUUCACCCCAGAUCACCUGUAAGCAGUGGUCUCUCUCUCUCUCUCUCCCUUCCUCUCUCUCUCUGUCUCUCUCACGUCAUCUCUCCACACUCCCAUGCACAACUAAACAAAACAAGGAAAAAGGAACUAGGAGUUGGUUUCCUUUCAGUGUCUUUCCUGAUGUGAGGCAUUCAAACAGCUGGCCCAGCUGGGGCAGGAUGUAUCCACUGCAUGGAGAGGGUUUCUCCCUCCUCAGGAGAAAGAAACGGCUAGCACAAAUUUAACAAUUUGCGCUUCUUUUUUCUUCGUUCCAUUGGGUGACUGCUCUGUACCUGUGGAACUAAGCAUGAGUUUUUCUUUUUUUGGGACCGGGAUCUGUGCACAAAGCGAGAACUGAGAAUCAAGGACUUAUAGAGAACAAAACAAGAGACUCACAAACCCAAAUCUUAGUGCCAAGGUUCACAAGGAAGCAAAGCAAAGUGUCUGUGCGGGGGAUGACUCAUUCUAACAUUCAAAACACAAAAAAAGUUAUCUAAAAGUUGCACUAUCUUUUUGUUGUAAAAGAGAAGAGGGAAA